UGCUCCAAAUCUAGACAAAAAAACAUAACACAAAAGUCUCUCUCAAUUUAUCAAUCUCCAUCCUCCCGUUAUUACCGCCACGUGUUUCUCUCCAUCUGUCUCUUCUCUCUCAAAAAACUUAAUCUGAGUGAAAAACUCGAGUUACUCCAAUCAAUCGAAACAGAGAGAGAGACCCUUUUUCGAUUCCCACCAUCGCUAUGGUGGGUCAGUUCUAAUUUGUCUCUCCUUCUCGGCGCUCAAGUUGCGAAUCUGAACAAUGUUAUUAACGCCGAGGAUGAUGAUUAGCUCGUGGCUCGGCAAAGAUGCGAAGAAGAUUCUCAAACGCAAAGACAGUGACGCUGGUGAAAAAGGGAAAGCUUUAGAGGACUUGCGAGCUUCGUUGUUCAACAGAUUCCGUUCGCCGGAGACUCCAAAGAGACAGCAGCAACAGCAGACACACCGUGUCUGUGGCCCAACCGUUGCUCUCACUUUCAACUUCUUUGUUGCUAUUAGCAUUAUCUUCAUGAACAAAUGGGUGCUUAAAAACAUAGGCUUUGAGUUCCCAGUGUUCCUCACUUUCAUCCACUACGUUGUAGCUUUUAUACUAAUGGCUCUUCUCAAAUCAUUCUCCCUUCUCCCCGCUCCACCUCCUUCCUCCAAGUCAUCCUCUCUUUCGCUCUACACUCUUGGUAUUGUUAUGUCGCUCUCUACUGGUCUCGCUAAUGUCAGCCUCAAGUACAACAGUGUUGGAUUCUACCAGAUGGCGAAAAUCGCUGUCACGCCUUCUAUAGUCUUUGCAGAGUUCUUGUGGUAUAGAAAGAGAGUUUCUUUCAUGAAGGUAGUUGCACUUACAGUUGUAUCAGUGGGAGUUGCGGUUGCGACUGUAACGGAUUUACAGUUUAGUCUGUUUGGUGCUUGUGUGGCUUUAGCAUGGAUCAUACCCAGCGCUACCAACAAAAUCUUAUGGUCUAAUAUGCAACAGCGAGAGAAUUGGACUGCAUUAGCGUUGAUGUGGAAGACAACGCCGAUCACUCUCUUGUUUCUAGUCUCAAUGAUUCCGUUCUUGGAUCCACCAGGCGCGCUGUCCUUCGACUGGAGCCUUGCCAACACAACCGCCAUUUUCAUUUCAGCGUUUCUUGGUUUCUUUCUUCAGUGGUCUGGAGCUUUAGCUCUCGGAGCAACUUCUGCGAUCACGCACGUUGUCUUGGGACAGUUCAAGACAUGUGUUCUCCUCCUUGGGAACUUCUACAUCUUCGGGUCGAAUAGUGGUGUGGUUAGCGUUUGCGGUGCGGUUGUGGCGAUUAUUGGGACGUCUUUGUAUACUUACCUUAACACGAGAAACCAGUCUCUUAAGGCUUCGUCUUCUUCUUCUUCUCUUUUGGACAAGAAGUCAAGAUUCAGUGAGCUUAAGGAUGAUGAGAAGAGUCUUCUUGAACCUUACGGCUCUGACGCGGUUUAGCCUAGUCUUUUAACAUUUCUUUUCUAGUAUAGUUUUAAUUGAUUUUUUUUUCCACGUUCACUGCUUAUUAGAUUCGUAUUUUCAACUUUUUGGUCUCUUUUUUUCUGUGUUGAUUCUAACUUCUAAUUUUAUCCCUGAAAGUAAACCAUUUUGGUAGCAAGUGUUUUCAAUUAAACGGUUAUGUUCUGUUUUUCUUUUGUUUUUGGAGAUGUAUAUGUGUUGUAUUUUAAAAAA